ACUAGGCAAGUACAGCCACUGGCUCAUAUUGCCAUUUCACUAACCCUGAAGAACACUUGAGCAUCUCUCUCUCUCAGACAGCCAAAACACAAGCAGCAACAGAGGCACUGAGCCUCGUGUCACUGGCAUGCGCUAGAAGAUCAGCGAGACCAUGUGGCCUGCCGGCGGCGAGCACCCCAUGGCCAUGGUCCACGGCCCCACGGCGGCGUCGCCGAGCUCGGGCACGAGGCUCCCGGCGCCGCACUCGCCGUGGCAGUCCCCGGUGCCGUACCUCUUCGGUGGGCUGGCCGCGAUGCUGGGGCUCAUAGCGCUGUCGCUGCUCGCCCUGGCCUGCACCUACUGGAAGCUCUCCGGCAACCUCCUCGCCGCGGGAGAGCCGGAGGACGCCGAGCGGCAGGGCGGCACGGGGAGCCGGCGCGGCGACGGCGGCGGGAAGGCCGCGGCGGCCGGCGAGGCCGGGCUGGCUGGGGACCAUUGGCGGGAGCAUGUGGUGGUCAUCAUGGCCGGCGACGAGAGGCCGACGUUCCUCGCCAUGCCGGCGUCGGGCCGGGGAGUGGACGCCGACGACGUGGCCGUGGACGUGGGCGUGGGAUGCGGUGACGGCGACGAGGAGGGGAGGUGCGUGGAGUGCGGGGCGAGAUCGCGGCCGGCCGGCGACGAGCUGAUGAGCCGAAGCGAGCAGAGUGGUGUUGUUAGCGGUAGUUCUGUGAUCAGUGAGAGAUGAAAAGCUCGUUUGAAGAGCUGGUUAGCUCUGGUUCUUGCAUUUUUUUUUCUUUUUGACGCCUGCUUUUCUUGUAUAUUCUUCCCAACCGUUGAUGCCAAAUGUAAUUAGCCAGGAACUGGAGCUGCAGAUUAUCGAGGCCAUUGUUUUGAGCAUGAUUCAAAAUUUCAAAUUGUUGGAACAAAGAACCGAGAAACAGAAA